CGGGCCCGGGGCCGGGGCGGGGAGAGGGGGUGGGGCGGGGGCCGCGGCGCCGGGACUCCAUUAGCCGCGGCGAGAGGCUUCGCUUCCCUCAGAGCCGCGACGCGGGCGCCGCCAGCCUCGCCUGUCGCCGCGGGAGCCGGCCGGGAGGAGCACGGAAGGAGCCAUGGCUCUGGACGGGAUAAGGAUGCCAGAUGGCUGCUACGCGGACGGGACGUGGGAACUGAGCGUCCAUGUCACGGACCUGAACCGUGAUGUCACUCUGAGAGUGACCGGGGAAGUGCACAUCGGAGGGGUGAUGCUGAAGUUGGUGGAAAAACUCGAUGUCAAAAAAGAUUGGUCUGACCAUGCCCUCUGGUGGGAAAAGAAGAGGACUUGGCUGCUUAAGACACACUGGACCUUGGAUAAGUAUGGCAUCCAGGCAGACGCCAAGCUUCAGUUCACCCCGCAGCACAAACUGCUCCGCCUGCAGCUUCCCAACAUGAAGUAUGUUAAGGUGAAAGUGAACUUUUCUGACCGAGUCUUCAAAGCCGUGUCUGACAUCUGCAAGACUUUCAAUAUAAGACACCCUGAAGAACUUUCUCUCUUAAAAAAACCCAGAGAUCCCACAAAGAAAAAAAAGAAAAAGCUAGAUGACCAGUCUGAAGACGAAGCGCUUGAGUUGGAAGGACCUCUUAUCAUGCCCGGAUCAGGCACCGAUGUUCUUUACAUUGGCCCUCUGAAAGGAAGCAUAUAUUCAAGCCCGGGACUUUAUAGUAAAACAAUGACCCCUACUUACGACGCUCAUGAUGGAAGCCCCUUGUCACCAACUUCUGCCUGGUUUGGUGACAGUGCCCUGUCAGAAGGCAAUCCCGGGAUACUUGCUGUCAGUCAGCCGGUAACAUCACCAGAAAUACUGGCAAAAAUGUUCAAGCCUCAAGCUCUUCUUGAUAAAGCAAAAACCAACCAAGGGUGGCUUGACUCCUCAAGAUCUCUAAUGGAGCAGGAUGUGAAGGAGAACGAGGCCUUGCUGCUCCGAUUCAAGUACUACAGCUUUUUUGAUUUGAAUCCAAAGUACGACGCCAUCAGAAUCAAUCAGCUUUAUGAGCAGGCCAAGUGGGCUCUUCUCCUAGAAGAGAUUGAAUGCACGGAAGAAGAGAUGAUGAUGUUCGCAGCCUUGCAGUAUCAUAUCAAUAAGCUGUCAAUCAUGACAUCAGAAAAUCAUUUAAACAACAGUGACAAAGAAGUUGAUGAAGUUGAUGCUGCCCUUUCUGACCUGGAGAUCACUUUGGAAGGCGGGAAAACAUCAACAAUUCUGGGUGACAUUACUUCAAUCCCAGAACUUGCUGACUAUAUUAAAGUUUUCAAGCCUAAGAAGCUGACUUUAAAGGGGUACAAGCAGUACUGGUGCACUUUCAAAGACACGUCCAUCUCCUGCUACAAGAGCCGAGAAGAGUCCAGUGGUACACCUGCUCAUCAGAUGAACCUCAGAGGUUGUGAAGUUACCCCGGAUGUAAACAUUUCGGGCCAGAAAUUUAACAUAAAACUCCUAAUUCCGGUUGCAGAAGGCAUGAAUGAGAUCUGGCUUCGUUGUGAUAAUGAGAAGCAGUACGCGCACUGGAUGGCAGCUUGCAGAUUAGCCUCCAAAGGCAAGACCAUGGCAGACAGCUCUUACAACUUAGAAGUUCAGAACAUUCUUUCCUUCCUGAAAAUGCAGCAUCUGAACCCAGAUCCCCAGCUAAUCCCUGACCAGAUUACAACUGACAUCAAUCCCGAGUGUCUGGUGUCCCCUCGAUACCUAAAGAAGUAUAAGAGCAAACAGGAAAAAGGAUGCAAAAAGCAGAUGCCAGGCUAUAUAAGAGAUUUGAUAACAGCACGGAUCUUGGAGGCCCAUCAGAAUGUAGCCCAGAUGAGUCUGAUUGAAGCCAAGAUGAGAUUCAUUCAAGCUUGGCAGUCUCUGCCUGAGUUCGGCAUCACACACUUCAUCGCGAGAUUUCAAGGUGGCAAGAGAGAAGAACUUAUUGGAAUUGCAUACAACAGAUUAAUUCGGAUGGACGCCAGCACAGGCGACGCCAUCAAAACAUGGCGGUUCAGCAACAUGAAGCAGUGGAAUGUCAACUGGGAGAUCAAAAUGGUCACUGUGGAGUUUGCAGACGAGGUCCGGUUGUCCUUCAUCUGUACUGAAGUAGACUGCAAAGUGGUCCAUGAAUUCAUUGGUGGCUACAUAUUUCUCUCAACUCGUGCGAAAGACCAAAAUGAAAGUUUAGAUGAGGAGAUGUUCUACAAACUCACCAGUGGUUGGGUGUGAAUAGGAAAACUGUAAUGAAACUCCACAGCCAUAACAAUAUUUAACUUUAAAGCUAUUGUUUCUUAUAUGCUGCUUAAUAAAGUAAGCUUGGAAUUUAUCAUUUUAUCAUGAUACCUUUUUGCCUUACCAGACCAGUUAAUAUGUGCACUAACAAGCACGAUUGUUAAUCUGCUGCCUACCUUGAUGCCGUACGUGGACUGUGGAAUACCCAGCAGUCCUUAGGGCCACAAACUGAAAGCUGUAGUGGGUGAAUCAGGAACCAGCUGUCACCGAUUGACAGUAGCCAAACUAAGAAACAAGCCAUCUACUACCAAGCUACCCAGGGCAUACAUAUAACCUAUAUGAAGUCUAUUUAUCAUGUGUAAUGCAUGUGUUUAUGUUUAAUUGAUGCCCUCUUUUAAAAUACCCUACUUCUGGUACCCAGUUAAUUCCCUCUCCCAAUAUAGAAAUUGGGUCUGCAAUAGAUGCGUGGUAUUUGAUGCCAUUGACCUUGAAGGAACACUUAACCUGUUGUUGUUGGGUGGGUUUUGUCCUUGAGUAAGCAUGUUGUACAUUGUUUUGUGUUUAUUUUUACACCAAACUGUAUUACACUACUCUUAGUAUUCACCAGCAUAUUCACUAUCUGCCUAAGAUAUGCAACCUGUGUUACAAGAUGAAGUAAAGAUCUAUGAAGUAUGCAUUUUGUGUAACUAAUGUACAAACACAAAUUUUAUAAAAUUGUACAGUUUUUUUUAAAAAAAAACCUAUUCACAACUAGGAAGUGGCUUAAAUGUAGCAUCCUUACAGUAAUUAAAUGCUUUUAAAGUAUAUGAUUAAUAUGCAGUUUCAGUAUCUGCUAAAUUACGUCAAAUGACUUCAUGAUGCUCAUGACUUGCCGUGAUGCCCUUACUACAGCCCGGACCGGCUGUGUUCUAGUCUGUUGCGCUGUUACAUCUGCAUUGGUGCUAGUUAGACAAUUCCUAGCUCACGAGCCCAGAAGGGCGCCAGGGACGGGUGGACUUACCAGUAUUGUCCAAUAAUCCAUGAAUUAAAGACUGUAUAAAUCCAUUUUAUUUUAAAUAAAAGUAAAACCUUUUAUUUAA